GCUCUGGACUGCAUCAGUAUGGCUCUGACCUGCACGUUUAACCGCUGGGGGACGCUGCUCGCUGUUGGCUGCAAUGACGGACGCAUCGUCAUCUGGGACUUUCUGACGCGAGGAAUCGCCAAAAUCAUCAGCGCACACAUACACCCCGUCUGCUCGCUCAGCUGGAGCAGAGAUGGACACAAGCUGGUGAGUGCCUCCACGGAUAACAUCGUGUCUCAGUGGGACGUCCUGACGGGAGACUGCGACCAGCGCUUCCGCUUCCCCUCGCCCAUCCUCAAGCUGCAGUACCACCCCAGAGACAUGGACAAGGUUCUGGUGUGUCCCAUGAAGUCUGCGCCGGUCCUGCUCACGCUGUCCGACGCCAAACACGUUGUGCUUCCGGUGGACGACGACUCCGACCUGAACGUGGUGGCGGCAUUCGACCGGCGCGGAGACUACAUCUACACCGGCAACGCUAAGGGGAAGAUUCUGGUGCUGAACACAAACAAGCAGGACCUCGUGGCGUCGUUCAGAGUGACCACAGGGACCAGCAACACCACCGCCAUCAAAUCCAUCGAGUUCGCACGCAAGGGCAGCUGUUUCCUCAUCAACACAGCGGACCGCAUCAUCCGCGUCUACGACGGCCGCGAGAUCAUGACGUGCGGCAGAGACGGAGAACCUGAGCCCAUGCAGAAGCUGCAGGACCUGGUCAACAGGACUCCGUGGAAGCGCUGCUGUUUCUCCGGUGACGGUGAGUAUAUCGUGGCAGGAUCGGCGCGGCAGCAUGCGCUCUACAUCUGGGAGAAGAGCAUCGGGAACCUGGUGAAGAUCCUCCACGGGACGCGAGGAGAGCUGCUGCUGGACGUCGCCUGGCAUCCGGUGCGUCCGAUCAUCGCCUCCAUCUCCAGCGGCGUGGUGUCCAUCUGGGCUCAGAACCAAGUGGAGAACUGGAGCGCGUUUGCGCCGGACUUUAAAGAGCUGGACGAGAACGUGGAGUACGAGGAGAGAGAAUCUGAGUUUGACAUCGAGGACGAGGACAAGAGCGAGCCGGAGCAGACCGGAGCGGACGCUGCCGAGGACGAGGAGGUGGAUGUCACGUCAGUCGAUCCCAUCCCAGCAUUCUGCAGCAGUGACGAGGAGCUGGAGGACUAUAAAGCGCUGCUGUAUCUGCCCAUCGCUCCGGAGGUGGAGGACCCUGAGGAGAACCCGUUCGGCCCUCCGCCCGACGCCGCGGGUCAGAACGCCACGCCCGACGAUGGCUCCGCCCACAGCGGCCCCGGCGACAAAAAGCAGCGGCAGCCGUCGUCCGACGGAGGGCCGCCCAAGAAGAAGAUCCGCACCACCACCAUCGAGCUGCAGGGCGUCCCGAACGACGAGGUCCAUCCGCUGCUGGGUGUGAAGGGCGACAGUAAGUCCAAGAAGAAGGCAGCGGGGCGGCCCAAGGGAUCGAAAGGUAAAGACAAAGACUCUCCGUUCAGACCCAAAGUCUGCUGGGACAGAGCAGAGGGGCUGGGGACGCCAGGCAAUCAGGUCUCGUCGAUGUACAAGCAGCAUGAGGUUCAGGGUUUGGACUGAAGCUGAAGGCCUCUGGCGCCCCCUGUCUGUGUGGAUGAAUGACGAUGCUCUUUUAUGGACUCUACGGACUGUACUUGUGUUGCAUUUUUACAGAAGGACCUUACAGCUCAAUGAAGCCCGUCUAAUCAGUUUCCUUGCAUAGAGAGAGUGAUAGGAAGAGGGAAUCAUUUUUUUUUUUAUUUAGAGUAGAUGGAUCUGUGUCUGUGCACUAGUUGGGUCAGAUGUCUUAUAUUUGUUUUGAGUGUUGUUUUUUCUGAGACUGGUCG